GUCGCUCUCCGAACUCUGAUUGAGGAGGAGUGAAGCUUCUUUUCUUCUUCCUCCAGUCAUCCCAUUGCAAAAGUAGAAGCAGGGAAGGAAUUGGAAGCAUGAACAAGCAGCAGCAGGCGUACGGGUACGGAAAUGGGCAGCAGGCCGACGUCCCAGGCUACUGCUGUUUCCAUCCCCGGGAGGUCGGCGUCGGCGUCUGCGCUCACUGCCUCAAGGAUCGCCUCCUCCUCCUCCUCGCCGCUGCCAACAACAAUAAGAUCGACGACGACGCCCGCCGCAAAAGCAGGAGCAGGAGCAGGAGCAUCUCCCUCCCCAAGGUCUUCGCGCUCGGCUCCUCCUUCCUCCAGCGCCUCGACUCCCGCCACCACCGGGGACGAGGGCGGGACAACAACUGCUACUCCGACGACGACGACGCCACCGCCUCCGUCGCAAGCCUCGAUGAUUCCUUCAUCUCCAUCAAAUUCGAGGACAACGGCAAGGCGACGUGGGACAGCCAGAGCCAGCACAAGGCGGCAGCUCCCGCGAGGUCGUCGUCGACGACGACCAUGGUAGCGGUGGAGCACGUCAAGCGUGUCGGCGUCACCCGGUGGCGCAAACAGGUGGUGGGCCGCAUGCUGCAGCUGGCGCGCUGGAGGAGGUCGUCCGCCGCUGCGGGUGGGCUGGACGGCAAGAAGGCGGCGGCGGCGGCGGCUGAGCGGUCCAAGGCCAGAGGGAGAGGCUGGAUCCGGAGCCUCACUCGGAGGCGCGCGCACGGGGACCGGGCGUGGUAGGUCGCCGUCGUCGGUAAGGAGGCCUGGUCGGUCGGGGGCGGGGCAGCCCAUGCAUGCAUGCAUGGUGUCCGAUGGAUGGAUGGAUCUGCGAGCUUCCCCCCUUGCUUUGGAUGGAGACGUAGUAAUUGCUUGCUUGUGCUUUGUACCAAGUGAGAUGAGUGAGUGCCUCCUUUUACCUACUAUAGGCUACUAUACGUACAGUUAAUAGCAGCUAGCUGUUGGUGUGGAUUGCUAUGCGU